AUUUCAGGAGAGCGAUCUAAAUUUUAGAAUCUUAUCUGUAAACCUAAUCUGUGUUCUUCCUUAAAGUUGACAGCCCUAUCCCAGAUGUCAGGCAUUGCAAUAAGAACCAGUAGAUCAAUCAGAAACCUCUUAAAACACAGCAAGAAUAGUUUAUCAAGCCUAAUAACCAGAAAUUACGGAGCAUGUCUAACAUCACGACCUCACCUUCACAAAACCUUACGUUCACAUCGCUAUACAAUCACAUCACCGGAAUUAAAAUCACAGCGAUGGGCCUCACACAUCAAGGAUAGUAACCCAAACUUGCAGAACCUCGAAGACGUUGCAAAGUACAUACGAGAUGAGGCUCGCUGCAUCAUGGUCAUGGUCGGCGCAGGCAUGAGCACGCCCUCAGGGAUCCCCGAUUUCAGGUCUCCAGGGACAGGGCUAUAUGACAACUUACAGAAGUUCAAUUUGCCAUAUCCGGAAGCAAUCUUUGAUAUACAUUAUUUCAUGAUGGAUCAAAGACCCUUCCUUACCCUUGCACAAGAUCUAUACCCAGGACAAAAUUACAAGCCAAAUGCUGCUCAUCACUUCCUGCGCCUUUUACAUGAUGAGGGGAAACUGCUGAAGGUCUAUACACAGAAUAUUGAUGGAUUAGAGAGGCUGGCUGGGGUGCCAGAUGAGAAGCUGAUGGAGGCCCACGGCAGCUUUUCCACAGCCUCGUGUACUCUCUGUGGUAAAAGACACGAUGGAGACAUGGUGAAAGAAGCUAUAGUUACUGGAAAAGGACCUGUUCUGUGUGAGUCCCAGAAGUGCAAAGGUAAAGUCAAGCCAGACAUUGUGUUCUUUGGUGAGAACCUUCCACAUACUUUCUGGAGUUACCAUGAAGAGGUCCACUUUACAGACCUCCUCCUUGUCAUUGGCACUUCUUUAGAGGUCUACCCUUUUGCUGGGAUAGCAGACGCGGUUGGCAGAUUUACCCCGAGAGUGCUGAUCAACCGUGAUGUAGUAGGGAGCUUCGGAAGCAGAAUAGGGGACGUUAUUCUGGACGGUGACCUGGUCGAGGGCAUAUGGAAUUUGGCCAGAGAAAUCGGGUGGAGCGAGAAAUUGGCGAAUCUCGAAAAGGCCUAUAAUAUGGAAAGGGAAGAGUGAGGAGGAGAGUAGAUGAUAAUUUCUUCUUCUUUUUUUUAUACUUUUUUUUCUUUCUUUCUUUCUUUCUUUCUUUUUUUCUUUCUUUCUUUCUUUCAUCCUUCUUCUUCUUCUUCUUCUUCUUCUUCUUCUUCCUCUUCUUCUUCUUCCUCUUCCUUUUUUUCUUUCUCUCUUUUGAGUGAAAAAUUUAACUUAUCUUUUGUAUUGCAUUUCUUUUUUCUCUUUCUUUUUUCUUCAUUUCAUAUAUUUCUAUUCUUUUUCUUUUUUGUUAUUUUCCCCUUCUCUCUGCCAGUUUCUGAAGACAUCUUUCCCUUUUUUUUUUCUUUCCAAUUUCUCACAUAUUCUAUAAUUCUUUUCCCUAUCCUCCUCUUUCUAUAAGUUAUUCUCUAAGGAAUGUAUUAUCUCUCACAUGACCCAGACACCUGAGGCAAUAAUUAUAUUUACUAUACGCAGGUAGAGAUAGAGAUAUACGUUCAGUUAAGUUGUAUGCGGACUGCUGUAUCUCGAUCAGUAAAUGUGAAUUAAUGUAUUUAAUAUUGUUGAAUUUGUAAAGGUUAGAUUAAUGAAAUGAUAGUUAGUAUUUAUUUUAUAUGUAAUUUAAUUCAUGUAAUGUGGAUACAAGUGAAAUAAACUAUAUUUUAAUCUG